AUGUAUGAUUCCUCUAGCUUUGAACCAUGCAACCCUAACAGAGAAGAUCCUGUUGCUGACUCUGCGAAUACCUCACAUGCAAGAAGACCUAAAGAAACUGUAUCAGGCUUCUCCUCAGCAAUCGCGCUUGAUGAACAAACCAGAGAAGGUUCUAGGUAUGUUCACAAUGCCAUUGCCACUAUGGUAACUGGAAUACUGUCUGGUAAUCAUAAGGUCCUUGGGGUUUCCAUUCCCUUAAACAAUAUUAAACCUGAUAGUGUUGCUUAUCAAGAAAAUAUUGAGUCUUUAGGAAAGAAUAUAUCUGAUGAUGUUGAGCAAGCUGGUGCUCAUAAGGAGUCAAAUGUUGACAAACCCUUAGAUAAUGUGGCUGGUGAGGAAGUUCAUGUCGCUCGUGAUGUCAGUAACAGCCCUAACUGUGAGGCUGAAACAUUAGACCUGGAGGAAUUUUCUGAUAAUGAGUUGUUGUCCUCAGUCGUCCCUAGUAUAGCCAAAAGGGUGAGGACUAGGAGAGAAAAGAAAACAGUGGCUCAAAGGUCCCCCAGAAAGAAGAUUGAUGUGCCAACCUCUCCCAAUCCAAAGGAGACAGUCGAGAGUUCCCUCAAGAGGAAAGUUCAUGGUCCAACAAAAUCUUGGAGGAAAGGGGUGCCCAAGAAAAAGAAGACCAAGUCUGUUGUUGUUGAGUCUGACUCAGAUGUUCCAUGUGAUGUCCCUGACACUCUGUCAAAGAAGAAGCCAUCCACUAGCAAGCUUGUAGCUAGUGUCCCUGAGGUACCAAUUGACAACAUAUCGUUCCAUUUUGCCUCAAGUGUAAAUAGGUGGAAAUAUGUUUAUCAGAAGAGACUGGCUUUGGAAAGGGAAUUGGCUCAGAAUGUCCUGGAAUGUAAGGAGAUUAUGGACCUUAUUCAAGAGGCAGGUUUGAUGAAGACUGUGACUCAGUUCUCAAAGUGCUAUGAGAUGUUAGUAAAGGAAUUUAUUGUCAAUGUGUCUGAAGAAUGUGCUGAUGGAAAGUCUAAGGAAUUCAGAAAAGUGUAUGUGCGAGGCAAGUGUGUAAAUUUCUCUCCCGCAGUGAUCAACAUGUAUUUGGGAAGGCUUGAUGUAGCUCAACUUGAGCUUGAGGUGACUGACAAAAAAAUCUGUCAAGUCAUCACUGCUAAUCAGGUCAGGAAGUGGCCUCUCAAAGGUAAGUUGGUGGCCAGCAAACUGAGUGUCAAGUAUGCAAUGCUGCACAAAAUUGGAGCUGCUAACUGGGUGCCCACGAAUCAUAAAUCUACAGUUGCUGUAAUGCUUGGAAAGUUCAUAUAUGCUGUUGGAACCAAAGCCAAUUUUGACUAUGGAUCCUAUAUUUUUGAUCAAACUUUGAAGCAUGUAGGAAGCUUCAGUGUGAAGGGGCCUAUAGCCUUUCCUUCUCUCAUCUGCGGUAUUGUUUUGAAUCAGUUUCCAAACAUCUAA